AUGGCGUCCUCCUCGGUGCCCCCGCUCACCGCGCCCCAGGUCCGCCAGCAGUUCUUCGACUUCUUCAAGUCGAAACAGCACCCCUUCGUCCCUUCUUCAUCCACUAUCCCCUAUGAAGACCCCACGUUGCUGUUCGCCAAUGCGGGCAUGAACCAGUACAAGGGGAUCUUCCUCGGGACAGUUGAUCCCCAGUCGGAGCUCGCGCGACUCAAACGCGCAUACAACAGCCAGAAGUGUAUUCGCGCGGGUGGAAAGCACAACGAUUUGGAGGAUGUCGGGAAGGACUCCUAUCACCACACGUUCUUCGAGAUGCUAGGCAAUUGGUCUUUUGGUGACUACUUCAAGAAAGAAGCCAUCGACUACUCCUGGGAGCUAUUGACGGAUGUGUACAAGCUGCCCAAGGACUGUCUCUACGUCACCUACUUCGAGGGCGACGUCAAGAACGGUCUGGAACCCGAUCUGGAGGCCAAACAGUUCUGGCUGGACGUUGGUGUAGCGGAAGAUCACAUCAUUCCUGGAAAUGCGAAGGACAACUUCUGGGAAAUGGGUGCCACCGGUCCUUGCGGUCCCUGCAGUGAAAUACACUUCGACCGGAUAGGUGGUCGCAACGCCGCGCACCUCGUCAACCAGGACGACCCCGACGUACUUGAGAUCUGGAACAACGUCUUUAUCCAGUUCAACCGCGAAGACGACGGCUCGCUCAAGUCUCUCCCCUCAAAACACGUCGACACGGGCAUGGGUUUCGAACGUCUCGUCUCUGCCAUUCAGAAUAAGCGCUCCAAUUAUGACACGGACGUGUUCACCCCUCUCUUUGAGAAGAUCCAGGCGGUGACGGGCGUGCGCCCAUACGCCGGCAAGUUCGGUGAGGAGGACGAGAACGGCAUCGACACUGCGUAUCGUGUCAUCGCGGACCACGUCCGCACCCUUACGUUCGCCCUCAGCGACGGCGGGGUCCCCAACAAUGUCGGACGUGGCUAUGUCCUCAGGCGAAUCCUCCGCCGCGGAUGCCGGUUCGCGAGGAGAAAGAUGGGCGUCCAAAUAGGAUCGUUCUUCUCGUCCCUGGCUCCUGUUCUCAUCGAGCAAAUGGGCUCGGUGUUCCCUGAGAUCACUCAGAAAUACGAUGAGAUUAAGGAGAUUCUCGACGAAGAAGAGGAAUCAUUCUCGCGCACGCUUGACCGCGGCGAGAAGUUGUUCGAGCAGUACGCGAAGAAAGCUCUCGAUGCCGGCCAGAAGGAGCUUAGUGGCAAGGACGUCUGGCGACUCUACGACACGUACGGCUUCCCCGUUGAUCUCACGCGACUCAUGGCGGAAGAGCUCGGGUUGGGAGUCAACGAAGCUGAAUUCGAGGCUGCCCAGGCCGCCUCGAAAGAGGCGAGUAAGGCAGGCGUCAAGAAGGGUACCGGAGAGGCGGUUGCCCUCGAUGUCCAUGACCUCGCUGCACUUGAGAAGAACUCUGGGGUUCCCAAGACGAAUGACUCCGCAAAGUUCCAGCAGGGCAACAUCUCCGCGAAAGUUGUCGCAAUCUACUCCAAGAAGACUUUCCUGCAGUCGACAGAGGAGACUCCCGAAGACUCCUCAUUCGGCAUUCUGCUCGAUCGCACGAGCUUCUAUGCGGAGUCCGGUGGUCAAGAGUACGACACUGGCAGCAUCAUUAUCGACGGUGUCGCGGAGUUCGAGGUCACGAACGUGCAAGUUUUCAACGGCUACGUGCUCCACAUCGGCAACAUGAAGUACGGGAAACUCAGUGUUGGGGACGAGAUUGUUUCUUGCUACGAUGAGCUCCGCCGAUGGCCUCUGCGCAACAACCACACGGCAACACAUAUCCUCAACUACUGCCUGCGCGAUGUGCUCGGCGACCAUAUCGACCAGAAGGGGUCUCUUGUCGCAACUACGAAGCUCCGCUUUGAUUUCUCGCACAAGGCGCAGGUGUCUACUCCUGAGCUCACGAAGAUUGAGAACAUGAGCCAAGACUGGGUGAAGCGCAAUGUGCGCGUGUUCGCGAAGGAGGUAUCCCUCCCCGUCGCGCAGAAGAUCUACUCCCUACGCGCCGUGUUCGGCGAGUCUUACCCCGAUCCUGUCCGUGUUGUUGCGCUAGAGCACGACGUCGAGGAGAUCGAGAAGGACCUCGAGAACCCGAAGUGGAGGAAAACGAGCAUCGAGCUCUGCGGUGGGACGCACGUUGCACGAACAGGCGAGAUCAAGGACUUCAUCGUCACGGAAGAGUCCGGCAUCGCGAAAGGCAUUCGCCGACUCGUUGCCGUCACCGGGCACGAGGCCGCAGAGGCGCGCAGACUCGGGGAGCAGCUCGAGGCGCAGCUCAACCGGAUCGAGAGCAUGGCAGACGCCGAGAAGGAUGCCACGCUCAAGACGUACACGGUGACGAUCAACCAGGCGGAUAUCUCGCUGCUCAAGAAGAACGAGCUCCGUGAUCGCCUGACGACGGUGCGCAAGGCGUUCGACAAGUACCUCAAGGACAAGGAAGCUGCCGCGAACAAGGCGGCGGGCGAGGCGCUCCAAGACUACUUCAAGGAGAACCCCGACGCCCCGGUGUACUAUGCGCAGCUGGACGUGAACGCGAACGCGAAAGUGAUGCAGGCCGUCGUGCUCCAGGCGAAGAAGCUGUCCAAGUCGAUCUACAUCUUCAGUGCGGACACCGCCGGGGGCAAGGUCGCGCACGUCAACGCCGUCUCGGACGCCGCAAAGGCGAAGGGCGUCGAUGGCCGCGAGUGGGCGAACGUCGUCGUCGAGAUCCUUGGGGGCAAGGCGGGCGGCAAGCCCGACGGUGCGCAGGGCGUGGGCACGGAAACCUCGAAGAUCUCCGAGGCCCUCGAGGCCGCGCGUAAGCAUUUCGAGACAAAGCUAUCCAGCUGA